AAGACGCAGGAAAAAAAAGAGCCAACUCUCUUCAAAUGCCCAGUGCCCACCAUCGCAUGCACACACCCGAGAUGGAGACCGUGACGGGAGGCAGGAUCAUUCUCAGCCUGGAAAUUGGCCUGAUUCUCUUUUAUGUCGGCGCUGCGCAUGACUGUACGGUCCUUGUCCAGCAACCGCCUUACCUCGAAGUGGCCCACACUCAAGGGGCCGUGACCAUUCAGUGUUCCUUCUCCUACAACGGGUGCAUUUCAGGGCAACCCAAAAGCCUGUGGUUUCGCUAUGGUGCGGACCAGCCUGAGAACCUAUGCUCGGACGGAUGCACUGGCGAUGCAGGCAAAUUCACAGUGAAGGAAGCCCUGACAGAGGGAGAAGUCUCCCUCACUAUAAACAGGGUGGCUCUGAACGACAGCGCCAUCUACAUCUGUGGAAUCGCCUUCCCCACGUCAAAGCAACCAGGAGCUAAGCGGACCGGAGAAGGGACCACCCUGGUGGUAAGAGAAAUGAAGGAACUACACAGACUACACAGCCUCCUGAUAGCCAUCCUAUCACUGCUCUCUAUCUACAUUAUUGGUGCACUCGUGAUCUUCAUAAUCCUCUCCAAAUCAAAAUCUAACUCUUUAAGAAACAAAGAAACCGAAGAUUCACAAAAGAAGAAGAGCGCCCGGCGUAUUUUUCAGGAAAUUGCUCAAGAACUAUAUAGUAAGAGACACGUGGAAAGAAGACAGCAACCUGAGAAAGGCAACGCUUACGAAAACAGAAGAGUGCUUUCCAACUAUGAAAGACCAUAGAAAUGUUUUAAUUUUCAAGUAAGUCACUGAAAAUCCAAAUCCAGAAGUUAUGGCACUUUUAAUGGACAUACGCCCAUCAGGGCUUUAAAAAAACGAUCAAAGAUAAAUGGAAAAAACAAUUCUCUACAAGGAAGGAUGUACAAGGAAAUUAUCACUAACAGUAAUUACCAAAAUACUAAAACCCUACAAAAUACAACUGAAAAAUACUUUCCUAACUUGCCAGAAUUCUGAGUAGUCUAACAUUUUAAAAAUUGCCAUUUUCCUAACAUAUUCCUAUAUAUGUGUCAUUUGACACGUGAGGUACAUGAGGACUGCUACCCUGAAAAUUAGACGUCACAUCCCAUGCUUCUGUCUUGGGUGCAAGAAUUGCCUUUAUGGUUGAGAAGUGAUGGGCCACGGAGACUAAGACGGGAGGCGGGGAAGAAGAAAGGGAAGUGCCAAAAUUUGAGUUUAAAAAAAAAAAGGGAAGAC